AUGCUUUGCAAACGUUCUCUUCAAGGCCUCCGCCAACCUGGCUUUCAAACACUUUCUCGUCGUUUCUUGAGCGUUACUCAUGAAGACCCUGCACCUGGUACUACCACAGCCAAUAUUGUUGACCAAGAAUUGGGCAACAUCAUCGGUGUCUAUGCUCGUUAUCCCCUUGUUAUGAGCCAUGGCCAGGGCUCUUAUCUAUUUGACAAGGAGGGUCGUAAAUAUAUUGACUUUACCUCUGGUGUUGCCGUUACUUCUUUGGGUCACGGUCACCCUGAAGUCGCUCGCCUUGCUGGUGAUCAAUGUACCAAGUUGGUUCACAGCAGUAACUUGUACUACAACGAGCCUGCUAUUGAGCUUUCUUCAAAAUUAAACAAUUCUUUAGCUCAAAACAGCAAGAUUUCCACUCCCAGUAAGAUUUUCUUCUCAAACAGUGGUACCGAGGCAAAUGAGACUGCUUUGAAGUUUGCUCGCAAAGCCGCCUACGAGACUAAUGGUGAAGGCAAGUCUCAAAUUGUUUACUUCAACAACUCUUUCCACGGCCGUUCUCUUGGUUCCCUAAGUAUCACAGCCAACCCCAAGUACCGCCGUGGUUUUGAGCCUUUACUUCCCGGUGUUGUUCAAGCUACCUACAACGAUAUUGAGUCGAUUAAGCAAGUCAUCAAUGACAAGACCGCUGCUGUUAUCGUUGAACCUGUUCAAGGUGAAGGUGGUAUUUGCCCCGCCAAUGCCGAGUUCUUGGUGGCAUUGCGCAAGGCCUGCGAUAAAUUCAACGCAUCUUUAAUUUACGAUGAGAUCCAAUGUGGUCUUGGUCGUAGUGGUGACUUUUGGGCCCAUUCUAUUGUUAAGGAUCAAGCUAGCCCUGAUAUCAUCACUGUUGCUAAGCCUUUGGCUAACGGCUUACCUAUCAGUGCCACAAUUGUUUCUUCUAAAGUAGCCGAAACUCUUCAUGCCGGUGAGCAUGGAAGCACUUUCGGCGGUAAUCCCGUUGCUUGCCGAGUCGGUUCUUUCUGUGUCGAUGAAUUGAGUUCAUCAAAAAUUUUGAACAACGUGCGCAAGCAACAUAACACUCUUACUUCUCGUUUUGCCGAGUUUACUACUAAGUACCCUAGUUUAAUUCGUGGUUACGCUGGCCGUGGUCUUCUUUUAGGUUUGCAAUUCAAUCAAUCCCCUACUGACUUUAUCAACAUUGCUCGUAAACAGGGCCUUUUGCUUCUACCAGGUGGUAACAACAAUACCCGUGUUCUUCCUUCCUUGAACGUUAAAGACUCCGUCAUUGCUGAUGGUUUGGACAUCAUGGACGAUACUUUGAAGCACUUGUCUAAGUAG